GCCGUUGCAAUUCCCCCUGGUGGUGGGAAAAUGAUGUGUUGAAUUUACAGCGCGCUCGCUGGUGCAGAAACUGAGUGAACGGCGAUUGAACGACACACUUUUGGAGAGAGAGAGAGAGAGAGAAGCACCACUGCCUCUCCUCCACUCGAAUAGCCUACAUAUCUUGAGGCCUGGUUCCUAGUGCUCUCUGGACAGAAAACGCAUUACACCGCGGCAUUUUUUUUUACAUAGAAUAACUAGGCUACUAUACGGAUACAUCCAAUAUAAAUUCACUUGAAGACGGAUUUAUUUUGGGCGCACAACCCCCGCGAAUAAACGGAAGAUGGCAGUGACUACCUGUACACGUUUUACGGACGAUUUCCAACUAUAUGAAGAACUCGGAAAGGGAGCGUUUUCAGUGGUGCGCCGCUGUGUCAAACUUUGUACCGGCCAGGAAUAUGCUGCCAAAAUCAUCAAUACCAAAAAGCUCUCAGCCAGAGAUCACCAGAAGCUGGAGAGGGAAGCCAGGAUCUGCAGAUUACUCAAACACUCCAAUAUCGUUCGUCUCCAUGACAGCAUAUCAGAGGAGGGCUUCCACUACCUUCUGUUUGACUUGGUGACAGGUGGAGAGCUGUUUGAGGACAUUGUGGCCAGAGAGUACUACAGUGAAGCAGAUGCCAGUCACUGUAUCCAGCAGAUCCUGGAGGCUGUGUUACACUGUCACCAGUCGGGCGUGGUACACAGAGAUCUCAAGCCAGAGAACCUCCUGCUGGCCAGUAAGUGUAAGAAUGCUGCAGUGAAGCUGGCUGACUUUGGAUUGGCCAUCGAGGUGCAGGGAGACCAACAGGCAUGGUUCGGUUUUGCAGGUACCCCAGGCUACCUAUCUCCAGAGGUACUGAGGAAAGAGGCUUAUGGUAAACCUGUAGACAUCUGGGCUUGUGGUGUGAUCUUGUACAUCCUGCUAGUGGGGUAUCCUCCAUUUUGGGAUGAGGACCAACACAAACUCUAUCAGCAAAUUAAAGCAGGAGCUUAUGACUUUCCGUCUCCAGAAUGGGACUCAGUGACUCCAGAAGCCAAGAACCUGAUUAACCAGAUGUUGACCAUUAACCCUGCCAAGAGGAUCACUGCCCAGGAGUCCCUCAAACACCCAUGGGUCUCCCAACGCUCCACCGUGGCAUCCAUGAUGCACAGACAGGAGACAGUGGAAUGCCUGAAGAAGUUCAACGCCCGGAGGAAACUCAAGGGAGCCGUCCUAACUGCUAUGCUGGUGACGAGGAAUUUCUCUGGUAAAUUCGGUAGACAGUCUACAUCUCCUGCGUCAAUCACUACUGUUCCUGCAACUGCUGCUGGGAUAGUGGAGCAAGCCAAGAGUCUCCUCAACAAGAAGGCUGACGUCAAGCCUAACAGCACAAGAAACAGCACAGUCACCAGCCCCAAGGGAACCCCCUCUGCUGCACUGGAGCCUCAGACCACUGUUAUCCAUGUGGAUAGGAACAAGGAUUCAUCUGACAGCAACACCACUAUUGAGGAUGAGGAUGUGAAACUGCGAAAACAGGAGAUUAUCAAGAUCACUGAGCAGCUGAUUGAAGCUGUCAACAAUGGAGACUUUGAGGCCUAUGCGAAGAUUUGUGACCCAUGUCUGACGUCAUUUGAGCCAGAGGCCCUGGGGAACCUAGUGGAGGGCAUGGACUUCCACCGGUUCUACUUCGACAACCUCCUGUCUAAGAACAGUAAGCCCAUCCAUACCACAAUCCUCAACCCUCACGUCCACCUGAUUGGUGAAGACGCCGCCUGCAUCGCCUACAUACGCCUCACGCAAUUCGUCGACGGCACUGGCCGCCCAUGCUCCAGCCAAUCAGAGGAGACGAGGGUGUGGCAUCGCCGAGAGAGCAAGUGGCAGAAUGUUCACUUCCACUGCUCUGGAGCACCGGCCGCACCGCUGCAGCAGUGAACUGGUACACACACACACCAGCACGCACUCACUGUUACUAACACACACACUCAUUAAUUCACACGCACACCCACAGCUACACACACACACACACGCACACCCACAGCUACACACACACACACACACACACACACACACACACACACACACACACACACACACACACACACACACACCCCCAGCUACACACACACAAACACACACAGCUACACACACACACACACACACACCCACAGCUACACACACACACACACACACACACACACACACACUUCAGAGCUUGACAGUUAUUGUUUCCAGAGUUGCUGUUAAACCUAGAAUGCUUUUUUUUGUCUUCCAGGAGGAGUGUGAGAGAGAGAGAGAGAGAGAGAGAGAGAGAGAGAGAGGAAAUGAGGAUGGAGAGAGAGAGAGGAAAAGAGGAAAGGAG